AUGACACGACCAACCAUUGUUCGAGCCGAUACCAUCGACCUCCAAGAUCACCACGCUCCAUCCGCUCAGGACCAUUCCAAGAGUGCUCGCACCAUCACCUCCCCCAACUCCCUCUCGCCCCACCAGGCCGAGACCAUUCGUGAAGUUAUCAGCGACACCGCCGACGAAGAGCGCCGUUCCCCGCGCGUCUCGUGGGAAAACGGCAACGGCAUUGACGAUAUUCACCGGUUCGCCGACGACCUCGUCGCCGGUCCCACGGGAUCCAGCUCAAACUCCAACUCCCGCCUCCGAGGCGCUGCUGACGACGACGACGAUAUCAACGGAAAGAUGGUGCAGGAGGAUGCGCUGGCCAUUGCGCAGAACGGAGGCAUCUCGUCCUCGGACGAGGGUGACCUCGACGGCGACGCUGACGACCUCGACGAUGACAUGAUGGACAAGAUCUCGAGUUCUCCCUCGAUUGAAGAUGGUGGGUGCAGCCCCGUCAUUGCCCCUCGGGCAUGGCCGCGUCGAAUUUCUUCUCUACCCGGAUCGCUACGGAGUAGUUCUCCCACUCCCUCUGGUUCAAGUGUCACCAGGGUCUGUUCGCCAUACCCUGAGCCUCUCAGCUAUACACCCGGCCCCGGCAAGCUUGCCCAGCUGCCGCGAGCACUACCCGCAACAAUCCAGAAUCAUCGUCUUCGGGGUAAGUAUACCGAUCGCGACGACGCCGCCGACGAAACCGACUCCGAUCCCGAAAACGAUACGAGCUUCGAUUCCAUCACAGCCGAAUUUCACGAAACACUUGAAGAUGAGAAAGAAAGGCGUGGGAUGGAGGUUCAGGAAGAGGACAUAUUCUAUGACUGCAAGUCAGUCUUGAAUCUUUCGGACACGAGCGACGAAGAAACUCACGAGCAGGAAAACGAGCACGGCGACGAUUUCGACAACUACGAUCUUUCCCUGACCGUUCCCUACGAAGAAUCAUACGAAGACGAUGACUCUUCCCUCUCCCUCCCCAGCGAUCCAAGCUAUGUUGAUUCUGGUUGGGCGACAGAAUGCUUACAAGAAACAGAGGACAUCGAUUUCGAGUUCGUUUAUGCACUCCACACUUUCGUGGCCACGGUCGAGGGCCAGGCGAAUGCCACCAAAGGCGAUACCAUGGUUCUGCUAGAUGACAGCAACAGCUACUGGUGGCUGGUUAGAGUUGUCAAGGACAGCAGUAUUGGAUAUUUGCCUGCGGAACAUAUCGAGACGCCGACAGAACGAUUAGCCCGUUUGAACAAACACAGGAACGUCGAUCUUUCUGCUACGAUGCUAGGAGAUCAAACAGACAAGAAGCAACCGACAUUCAAGCCGUCUAUACGGCUAAGACGGAAAACGGUAACUUUUGCUGCACCGACGUAUGUCGACUACUCAGACUUUGACGACUACUCAACCGACGAGGAAGAUCUGGAUGAUCUAUUUGGUCAAUCAACAACUAAAUCCACCCAGCAACAAGAACAGAAGAAGGAUACCCAGCAGGCAACGACAAUAUCAGUCGUGGAAGACGACGACUCAUCGGAGGAGAGUGCCAAGGUGGAACCGCUCAAGCCUCGCUCCAACGUCAAAUUGGUUAUUGAGUCUACAAAGGUCGAGACAGUCGAAGAGGAGGAUGAGACGAGGAGUAGCGAAGAGAUACUCCUGGACAGCAAGCUGGAGGGCCCGAGCAAAUCGCGAAACGGCACCGUGAGAAACACAGACUCGUUCUACAGAGACGAGACCGUUGAGACCAAGAAGAUCACACUGACACCAAACCUUUUGCGGGACGACAACCAACCCCGGCCAUCUCAAGACUCCAUCACCAAGGAUAUCAAAUCAAGGACAAGCCUGGACAAGAUGGAUAAGGAGCUCAUGUCGGACAAGGAAAAGAAGAAGAUCCAAGACAAGGCUCGGAAGGAGAAGGAGAAGAAGCCCAGUGCCAUUCGAAGCUUCUUCUCUAGGAAAGACAAGAAGAAGUCGAUCGAUGAUGACGAUGAGUCGUUUGGCAAGAGGUCGAUGGACAUUGUGUCGGAAUCCCGGGACAGCGAGUCGAUCGAGGAGGUGUCGUCGCCAGUUCAACGAAACCCGAGCAAGCUCCAGAAGCAGAUGCCGCGUACAGAGCCCUCGCUGUCACGCAAAAACUCUGUUGGAUCACAGGAGCAGUCCUCAACAAGGGAGCUUGCCGCUUACUUGGCCGAGUCUCGGACCAACGACGUGUCUAACGUGCCACCGGCCUCGAUGCGGCUCGUGGACCCCGACACGCAAGAGACACAGGAGCUGCCGUCCAAUACUCAUGUUGGCGGUGAUGUGACCAGAGCACGGUCAGCAUCCGCCGCUGCACAGCACGACGAUACCAAGGCGCUGGCCAAGGCACUUGGCCGCAGUGCCAGCACAGGAACACAGCCCAGAACGGCCAGGACAGUCAAGCCCCGGCCGUUGACGGAUCUGGAUGAGCUGGAAAGCUCAGAAGACGAUUAUGCCUCAGAGCCCGAAGCACAGCCGACGCAAGAGCCGGCUAAGGAGCAGAAGGCUGAAGGGGCUGGUCUACGGCCACAGCUCCCGGGGGCGUUCCCUGACAGCUUUGAGGCUGCGCCAGGCCAGAACUCGGCGGCGGCGGCAGCCGCAAGCAAGGAGCAACACCAGGAUCGUCUGUCAGAAUCACCGGUGCAUGUGUCACCCGUCAACGUCACACGGCCCCCGGCCCUGGAGAUUGACACAUCGUCUCAGGAAGGCCGGUCGUCAUCCGAAGUGCCGUCACCAGAGCUCAUGCCUGGAGCCGACACUCCCAAAGACAGCAGCUCUACAAGGAGCAACAAGGAGGCUGGUUGGGAUGACGAGAAGUUACGGGCCUUCUUUGAUGACGGCGAGCAUGUUCGGGAUCUCCUCAUGGUUGUGUACGACAAGACGGACGUCGAACCAGCGGGCAAGGACCAUCCAGUGGUGAGCGGGCUGUUUAGGGAGCAGAACGCCAAGUUGGCAGAGAUUACGACUCAACUCGACAAUAUGCUUGGAGACUGGUUGGCGAGAAAGCAACGACUCCGAGGCACGCUAUAG